UAUAUAUAUAUUUAUACUGUGUUGUGUUGUGUAAUUUUAAUUCUAUUACAAAGUCAUCCACUACCAAGGCUACUGAGGUCUGACGAUGAAGGUUAGCCUUCAAAACAUGUCACCAUAACUAUUAAGACAACAUGAAUUUGGAUUGAAUUGAUGGUCAUGCCACGGACACGUAAAAAAUCUUAUAGACAGAAACAAAAUGCUAGACGUAAGAAAUUACAACUAGAGACUCCUGAACAUAAGGCUCUCCGACUAGAAAAGAACAGAACACGAGCAGCCAUAAGACGUGCUGGUGAAAAUGAAUUACAAAGAGAAAUUCGCUUAGCAAAGGAUAGAGCAAGACAGAACACUGUUAGAGCAAGUCGAAGAUCUACUGAGAAAUCUGUUUAUAAUAGACUAAAGUUUCUUGAAAAUGAUUCUACUUUUAAUGAAUUAACAAUAAAACAAAGUCUUGUUUAUGAACGAUUAAAAGCGCAACGAGAAGCAGCUGCUGUAAGGCAGGCUGAGCGCCGUCGCCAGGAAACUCCUGAGCAGAGAGCUAUCCGUCUAGAGAAGGAUAGGAUCAGAGUGGCUAUGUCUCGUGCAAAUGAGACUGAAGAAGCAAGAGCUAUUCGUCUUGCCCGCCAACGUCAUCAAGUUAAUGCUGCUCGUUUGCGUUUGAAAUAUAAAGCUCAGCUACUACCUGGGCAGGUUGAUACUAUUAACAGUCUACAAAAUAAACCAAUUUUUGAUCCAAUACAUAAGAUGUUUGAAAACCAAUUUAAUAAUCUAAAUAAUGACAAUUUUAUUGAACAAUCAAGAGCAAUAGCUGAAUUUCACGGAAUAUACCAUCAACUUAAGACCUACACUUCAUUAAGCAAUUAUCCGCAGAUAAUAUCAGAAAGUUGUGAAAAUGAGGAAGCAACAUUUGAAGAUUACCCAGAAAGUGAUGCCAGCCCUGUGGCAGUUGAGGGUGUAGAAUGUGAAAUCAUUAUUCAGGAAGGAUCAGAAUCAGAAGAAAUAAAUACAGAUGAAACAAUGGACAGUGUAGAAGAGUCUAAUUACAAGACAGCAUUCGGCACUUCAUUACCAAUAAGUAAUAUAGUAAAAAGAGAAGUGCCUGACAUUGAAGGUGAAGAUGAAAAGUUUCUAUCUGUGGAGAGAAGUGAACUGACUCAACACAACAAUUCAUCAGUUAACUUUUCAAGUACAAGUGGAAGAUUAAGUGAAGGUAGUUAGAAUGAACUAACUACUGAUUAACAUACACCAUCCACCUUUGAAUUCUGUUCAGUCAACUUCCCAAAACUAGAGUACUUAAAAGAAGAACUGAAAAAGGAAAAAGAAGAGAAUGAUACCAGUUGAUAAUUAAUUUUUUCAAUGACUAGGCAUCAUAUACAUUAAUAUGGUUAAUGUUCUUUAAUACCUAUUUCUUUGUUUUUUGUGAAAAGCAAAAAUUGUUAGAUAUGUUUUUUUAAUAAAUGGUUAGUUAAAAAUGUG